AUGGACAGUUACAGUGGGACCAACGCAAUGGAGGCGGUGCCUGGUGGAGAGACUGGGCUUGAAGGGCGUAUGUGGCAAUUGGGCCUCAGAGGUGGGCCUGAACCGUACCCGGAGAGGCCCGGUGAGCCCGAUUGUAUCUAUUACCUGAGGACUGGAUUCUGCGGAUACGGGAAUCGGUGCCGGUUCAAUCAUCCACGAGACCGUAGCCUGACAAUUGGAGCAUUUCGAGCUGGUGGGGGCGAGUAUCCAGAACGUGUAGGCCAACCUGUCUGUCAGCACUACAUGCGGACAGGAACGUGCAAAUUUAGUGUUUCCUGCAAGUACAACCAUCCCAAGCUUGGAAUUGGGACUUUAGGUCCAGUGACACUGAACAUUUAUGGAUAUCCUUUGCGCCCGGGAGAAAAAGAAUGUUCAUAUUAUGGAAAGACAGGGCACUGCAAGUUUGGUCUCACCUGUAAAUUUCAUCACCCACAGCCACUUGGAGUAUCAGUGCCAGUGCCAUCACCAUCCCCCAGUGCUGGGCUUUUGGCUGCCCCUGUGCCUACACUGGGAAACUAUCUGAGUGGGCCCUCUCCUUCUGUUCAAUCUUCACAACAAUAUGGGGUUAUUCAAGGCAAUUGGCCAGUUGUGACUCCUGCAAUGCUUCCUGGUUCAUAUGUUCCUGGAAGUUAUGGUCCAGUGCUCUUGCCCCCAGGUGUCGUUCCAGUUUCGGGUUGGACUCCCUAUGCGGCACCUGUCAGCCCUGUGGCCUCCCAAAGCGUUCAACCAGCAGUUGCUGGUAGCUCAAUUUACGGGAUAACAAAGCUGUCUCCUUCUGCGGCUGCAUAUCCGGGACAAUAUAUUUCAGUUACUUCUUCUGGUGGCCCCUCGAGUAGCAGCCACAAGGAACUUGCACAUCCAGAAAGACCUGGUAAACCAAAAUGUCAGCAUUUUUUAAGGACUGGAGAGUGUAAAUUUGGGGCUACUUGUAAGUAUCAUCAUCCACCAGAGUGGAGUGAGCAAAAGACUACUUUUGUGCUUAGUCCAAUGGGUCUUCCUUUACGCCCUGGUGCACCACUUUGCUCUCACUAUGCAAAGAACGGAGUUUGCAAAUUUGGGCCCACGUGCAGAUUCGACCACCCAAUGAGGGGGCUGAGUUACAGCCCAUCCGCAUCCUCUCUGACCGAUAUGCCGGUUGCACCUUACCCUGUCUCUGUGGAGUCCACCCACGCAACUUUGGCCCUGUCUGAUUUGAGGCUUUCAGGGCUCAACAAAGACACCUUCUGCUUGUCUCAAAUGUCUCCCAUGAGCAGCACGAGCGCAUCCAUCACCCUAGGAUUCUCAAGCGAUGGGCCCGUCUCACAAACGGGCAUCAGCAGCAGUCGGGCUGGGGAUCUAAAAAAUCUUUGA